AUGUCGAGCAAUAAGAUCAAAAUUUCCAUUGACCGUGGCGGCACAUUCACUGAUGUCCACGCCAUUGUGCCUGGCAAGCCUGACAUCGUCCUCAAACUCCUUUCCGUUGACCCUUCCAACUACCAUGAUGCUCCCACGGAAGGCAUUCGUAGGGUCCUUGAGGCAGCGACAGGCGCGACCCUUCCCAGAGGAAAACCUCUCCGAUUGGAUGACAUAGAAUGCCUACGGAUGGGUACGACAGUUGCCACCAAUGCCCUUCUGGAGCGCAAAGGCACGAGGUCCGCGCUCUUGACCACCAAAGGCUUCAGGGACCUUCUUAGAAUCGGCAACCAGGCCCGUCCCGAUAUCUUCGACCUUUCCGCGAGGCGGCCUGACGCCUUAUUCGAAGAGGUGGUCGAGGUUGACGAGCGCAUCAUUCCCUCGCAUCCCCGUUCGUCCAAAGAGGCUCUGUUGCCUUUCCGAGCGAUUGAGGGUAUCACUGGGGAGACGUUCCACGUGGCCCGAGAGCUAGACACCGAGAAGGUCAGAGCAGACCUGCAAAUCCUGAAGAAGCAAGGCUACAGCUCAGUGGCUGUCGCUCUAAUCAACUCAUUUGCCUGUCCCGACCAUGAGCUCAAGAUCGGCGAGAUCGCCAGCAAGCUAGGCUUCUCAGUUUCCCUGUCGUCCCAGCUGCAACCUAUGAUCAAAGUUGUCCCUCGCGGCAUGUCCGCUACUGCCGACGCCUACCUCACCCCAGUCAUCAGGUCUUAUAUUGAUUCCAUCUCACCAAACUUUGAUGGUGGUUUGGCAGGCUCGCAUGGCUGCCGGGUUGAGUUCAUGCAGUCCGAUGGUGGCUUGGUCGACUUUCGUCAGUUCAGCGGCUUGAAAGCCAUUCUCUCCGGUCCCGCUGCCGGUGUGGUCGGAUAUGCCACAACGAGUUGGGAUGAAGAGGCGCGAGUGCCCAUUAUUGGCUUUGAUAUGGGAGGCACAUCCACUGAUGUGUCGCGGUUUGACGGUCACCUCGACCAUACCUUUUCCUCCAGUAUUUCAGGUGUCAGCAUACAAGCGCCGCAAUUAGAUAUCAACACUGUUGCUGCAGGAGGUGGAUCUAUUCUGUCCUGGAAGAACGGCCUAUUUAUGGUGGGGCCUGAAUCUGCGUCCGCCCAUCCUGGUCCGGCCUGCUAUAGAAAGGGAGGACCGCUGACGGUCACUGAUGCCAACCUUUCCUUGGGACGUCUCCUGCCUGAGUAUUUCCCAAAGAUUUUUGGUCCCAAUGAAGACGAGCCCUUAGACAAAGACAUUACUCGGAAGCUGUUUGAGGAGCUCACCGAACAGAUCAACUCGGAGCACGGCGCCGCCCAACUCACGCCUGAACAGGUCGCUCUAGGCUUUCUUAAGGUGGCUGAUGAAUCGAUGACGAGGCCUAUCCGCAACCUGACGGAAGCACGCGGUUUUGAAACUUCCUCUCAUCAUCUAGCAUCCUUUGGUGGUGCUGGUGGCCAGCACGCCUGCAACAUUGCCGCCUCGCUCAACAUUUCACGCAUCAUUAUCCACAAACACUCGUCCAUCUUGUCGGCCUAUGGCCUCGCUCUUGCUGAAAUCGUCCAUGAGGCACAAGAGCCUAUGGCUGCUAACUAUCUUGGUGCCGAAAAGUUGGUCACUGGCAAGGUACAGAGUCUAAUUGGCCGCACCACCGAGCAGCUGCGGAACCAGGGUUUCAAGGAGAAGCAACUCAGGCACGAGAUUUAUCUAAAUAUGAGGUAUGAGGGCUCGGACACGAGUCUGAUGAUUCUUAAGCCUGAGGAUGAUGAUUUCUUGUCAACCUUCAUCGAGCGACACCGCCGAGAGUUCAACUUUACGUUCGAGCGCUCAGUCCUCAUUGAUGAUGUUCGAGUUCGAACUAUUGCGUCUGCGAACAAGACAACCGAGAAGAGCCCCCUGCAGCAGCUUAAAGAUGCGAGGUCGGAAGAAGCAGGUACACCCACACAGUACACAAACGUCUAUUUCGACUCGGAAACCGGAUUCAGACGCACCCCCGUCUACCGGCUUCGAGAUCUCGGCUCUAAUGUGAGGAUGCAUGGCCCAAUCAUUAUAAUUGACGAGACGCAGACUAUCUUGGUCAAUCCUGAUGCGGUUGUUCACGUUCUUGACACAUGUGUGCUCAUCGACUUAGAGGAGUCUGCGCCCCGAGAAACCACGCGCUCGGCAAAGGUCGAUCCUAUUCGUCUGUCGAUCUUCGGCCAUAGAUUCAUGUCGGUUGCUGAGCAGAUGGGCCGUACUCUGCAGAAGACUGCCGUCUCGACCAACAUUAAAGAGCGACUCGACUUUUCUUGUGCCCUAUUUUCACCUGAUGGUGGACUUGUCGCAAACGCACCCCACGUACCUGUCCAUCUAGGUUCGAUGCAGUUUGCUGUUCGAUACCAGCAUAAGCGCUGGCAAGGGAGACUGAAGGAUGGUGAUGUCUUAGUGUCGAACCACCCUGUGUCUGGCGGAACGCACCUGCCCGACGUGACCGUUGUCACCCCUGUGUUCAAGCAAGGAACUAACGACAUCAUCUUCUACGUCGCCUCGCGUGGCCACCAUGCAGAUAUCGGCGGCAUCCUCCCCGGAUCCAUGCCUCCCAACUCCACCGAGCUCUGGCAGGAGGGUGCGGCUAUUGAGUCAGAGAAGGUCGUCUCUAACGGUGUCUUCAAUGAAGACCGCAUGCGCGAGCUGUUCCUGGAUAUUCCAUCCAAGUACGAAGGCUGCUCGGGUAGCCGAAACUUGAGCGACAACAUUUCGGAUCUCAAGGCUCAGAUUGCUGCCAAUGCCCGUGGUAUCGCAUUGAUCCAGAAUCUGGUCGAGGAGUACGGACUCGAAACAGUGCAGAUGUAUAUGUACGAGAUCCAGCGAACGGCUGAGUUGGCUGUGCGAAACCUUCUGAAGGACAUGUACAACCGCUAUGGCAGCCGCCCGCUGGAGGUCGUGGAUUUCAUGGAUGACGGGACACCCAUCAAGCUCACUAUUACAAUUGACAAGGAAGGCUCUGCUGUGUUUGACUUUAACGGUACGGGCCCGGAGGUCCGUGGUAACAUCAACGCGCCGGAGGCUAUCACCCACUCGGCGAUCAUAUAUGUCCUGCGAUGUAUGAUCAAUUCAGAUGUUCCUCUGAACCAGGGAUGUCUAAACCCGGUUGAUAUAAGAAUCCCAAAGCCUAGCAUUCUGAGUCCCACUGGCGCAGCUGCUGUUGUUGGCGGUAAUGUAACAACCAGUCAGCGGGUCACUGAUGUGGUGCUCAAGGCGCUGCACGCGUGUGCCGCCUCCCAGGGUUGCCUGAACAACCUGACAUUCGGUAUUGACGCCCAGGUGGAUGAAACGACAGGCAAUGUCAUGCCAGGCUUUGGUUACUACGAGACAAUCGCUGGUGGAGCUGGUGCAGGUGAUAAUUGGGUUGGAGAGAGUGGUGUGCAUGUGCAUAUGACGAACACCCGCAUUACUGAUCCUGAGAUCUUGGAGAAGCGAUACCCCUGCGUGCUCCGCCGCUUCGAGCUCCGUGAGAAUACGGGAGGCGCUGGGCGCAACAGGGGAGGCGAUGGCGUGGCUCGAGAAAUUGAGUUUCUCACUUCAGUGCAGUGCUCCAUCCUGUCGGAGCGACGUGUGCACAGACCAUAUGGCAUGGAAGGUGGCGAGCCUGGAGCAGCCGGGCUGAACCUGUGGCUUACAAAGGAUAAGUACACUGGUCAUGAAAGGAAAGUUAACAUGAGCGGCAAAGGUAGUGUGCCUGUGAAGACUGGUGAUAGGGUUGUUAUCAUGACUCCUGGUGGAGGCGGCUACGGCAGCAAGGAGGUUGUACAGAAUGGAACCCACUGA